GUUGCUAAUUGCUGUACAACAUUUAAAGUAUUAUUUGUUAAUGGAUUUUUACAUUUCUAAAGGAUUAGGCUCAGAAUGAAUUUAAAAGACCAGGCAGUUUGACAGGACAAUGACCUUGGGUAAAUGUUUUCUUUUGUUCUGCCCCUCUGAUGUGUUCUGAUGAUAAGAGGGGCUGUUCAGAUGCCUGCAGUGGUCAGGGGUCAUCAAAGGGCAGCUGUCCACUAUAAAGGGGCCUGGCUGGAGCUCCGUCUGCACAUAGCAUCAUUCCAGCCUGAGACCAACUGGUGGAAGGAAGGAGAUCUUUGCUUCUCUGUAGAUUUUGUUAAGUUUUAGUCAAAAAUGGAUGCUAGAGUCCUGGCGGUUUUUUGCACGUUCCUCCUCUGCGCUUCUGGAGUUGUUUUCUCCACUCGGGAGCACAGAUCUCACACUGGCCUCGAAGCCAAUUUAGCGUUCAGAAAUCUCUCAAUGAAUCAUCGCAGCAGAUACCCUCUGUACAUGAUGCAGCUGUACCGCUCCUUCAGGACAGCUGAUUCCUCAUCAUCAGUAGCUGUCAACACCAUCAGCACACAAGGCGACAAGCCAUCAACGCACAGUUCUGACUCCGUCCUCAAUCUGAUGGCCAGAGGUUGCCAUCAAGUGGGUGAAAGAUGGACAGUUACGUUUGACAUGUCGUCCGUCUCUACCAGUGAGCUCGUCCAACUGGUAGAACUUCGGAUCAGAUUGCCAGCUUUCUCCGACUCGGAGCGUGCCAUUGUGGAUUUAUAUCACUCCAGAAAGCAGAGCUGUGACCCGGACAGCACGUCAUGCCAGGAUGAGCACCUUUUCCUGGGGAGCUUUAGCACUCUGCCCAGCAGCUCCAAGUCUUCCUGGAAGGUUUUUAAUGUGACUGCUCUGUUAAAAUACUGGCUGUACCAGGGAGAUGGAGUGUCGAGCCAAGAGGCCUCAGGAGAGCCUGACAUGGACCGUGGGAGUGGCGCAUGGGAUGAAGGGGAGACAGCCGACAAGUCUCUCUUCAAGAAUUUGGGACUGAAACAAAGAAAAAUACACCAUCCAACUGCGAACCGGGUCAUGAUGGUCAUCUUUUCCAAACAUAACCUGCCCCAAGAAGGCCAUACAGCAUACAGUCUCAUUCAUACUGUGGAGAACUCCAAGUAUGUAACCAUGGACAGAGUCAGCAGCGACAGUCAAAGUCGACGCCACAAAAGAAACAAGAUGGAGAGGAUGAGAGUGGCCGACGAAGCUUCACCUACUGCUGCACCAGCAGCAGAGUCGGCACAGAGGCCACUGUGUCGGAGGGUGGACAUGUGGGUGGACUUUGACCACAUCGGCUGGGACGAGUGGAUUGUGCACCCGAAGCGCUACAAUGCAUAUCGCUGUGAGGGAGAGUGUCCCACGCCACUGGAUGAGUCCUUCCAUCCCACCAACCACGCAUACAUGCAGAGCCUCUUGCGACAUCACCUUCCAGAAAGAGUGUCUUGCCCAUCCUGUGUGCCAACGCGCCUCAGCCCGCUCUCCAUGCUGUACUUUGAGAGCGAUGACUUGGCCCUGCGACAUCACGAGGACAUGAUUGUUGAGGAGUGUGGCUGUCACUGACGGUCAGUCCAUCACUGGUUUCACUGCAGUCACGAGGUCAACUACUGACUGAGCAUAAUCUUCAACUUUGAUUCAACUGUUUUUUCGUGUCUUCAUGUAAAACACGAUGUUCACAUAUUAAAUUGAUAGCUUCUAGUCACGGCCUCUUGAAACACAUGACAGGAUAUGACUUAAGUUUUAAUGAGUGUAUUUCAUCCAUACUGGGUGGUAGACAACAGUAUGCAUCUUUAACAAGGAGAAAGCUCCAUUUUGCAAAUGUUUUAUCUAUUUGAAUGUAUUAUAAUGUAUAUUUUGUACAUAAUAAGUGAAAAAAUAUAUAUUAAAACAUUUUAUUUUGACAUGA